UCAGAGCACGGCCAAGUGUCAUCUUUGUCGUAACUCACUCACAUUGCCACACUGACAAACACGUUAGUUUUACUUGUGGCUGCUGGCAGUUGUUAUGGACCACAUAAAAGAUGGGUGGUUUACGGAAUUGUGCACGUUAUGGCCGGGGCAAGCGAUGAGCCUCCAAGUGGAAGAGGUCCUCUACCAUAAGAAAUCCAAAUUUCAAGAUGUUAUGGUUUUCAAGAGUAAAACCUAUGGUAAUGUCUUGGUGUUGGAUGGAGUGAUCCAGUGCACAGAGAGGGAUGAGUUUGCCUAUCAAGAGAUGAUUGCCAAUCUUCCACUGUGCAGCCAUCCUUGCCCCAAGAAGGUGCUGGUUAUUGGUGGUGGAGAUGGUGGUGUGCUAAGAGAAGUGGUGAAGAAUCCCCUGGUGGAAUCGGUGGUGCUGUGUGAGAUAGAUGAGGAUGUCAUUAAUGUAUCAAAGAAGUUCCUCCCAGGGAUGGCCAAAGGCUUCUUCAGUCCCAAGCUCACCCUCCAUGUUGGAGAUGGUUUUGAAUUCAUGAAGCAGAACCAGGAUGCCUUCGAUGUCAUUAUAACCGAUUCUUCAGACCCAGUUGGGCCUGCGGAGAGUUUGUUCAAGGAGUCGUACUAUCAACUGAUGAAGGCAGCAUUGCGAAACGGUGGAAUUCUUUGUUCCCAGGGAGAGUGUCAAUGGCUCCAUUUGGAGCUGAUAAAGGAAAUGCAGACCUUCUGCAAGACCCUAUUCCCUGUGGUGGACUACGCCUACAGCACCAUCCCAACUUAUCCCAGUGGCCAAAUUGGAUUCAUGCUCUGCAGUAAAAAUCCUGAAACAAAUUUCAAGGAACCAGUGAAAGCUCUGUCGAAAGAAGACAUGGAAAGUAUGAACCUUAAAUAUUACAACCCUGAAAUUCACAAAGCAUCAUUCGUCCUCCCUGAGUUUGCAAGAAAGGUACUCAGUGAAGCAUGACCUGCAACAACAGACCGCCAUGUUCAUCCUCUGCCUGGCCCUCAGACCACAGAUAAGCAACGUUACUCUACAGCUACACCACCUCCUCAACACAUUUCAGCACCACUGAAGCAGCCUCCUGAAGAUUUCAUGUGUGGUGGCAGUUAACAAUCAGUGGGUGGCAACUUGCUGAUUUACACAGAGAAAGCGUUAAUUUGUGCCCCUCCUUCCAGUCUUACAUGCGCGUGGUGUAUAUUUAUUUUUCUCGUGUAUUUGAUUUUUCAUUCUUACUCUGUAAUUGUCUCAUCAGCAUUUUGGUAAUGAGCAAUUUGACGGGCUGGGGCUGAGUGGUAAGAGGGUUGCCAUCAAACCUGACCUCACUCUGAAACGUUGUACUGUUUAUGGGAGUCACUGCACCUACAUGUUAUGCAAUAUAUUACAUACCAUAAAGAGUAUGUACAUGUAAUGUAUUGCUGCAUUUUUAUUCGUAAUGUUUGAUAUCAGUUUGUGCUCAUAGGAAAAUACAUAGCUGCCAUCGGUCAUUACUGGAUAUUCAGAAUACCAAUGUGUCCUCUACACAUUAUCCCUAUAGUGCCUGAAUUUGAUUGUUGCAAAAGGAAACUUUUUUUCUGUAUCUUUCAUAGUUUACCAGGCAGAUAUUGUCCUAGAUGAAAGUUCAAAUUUCAAGAGUUGAGACAACUGUCCCUUUAAAAUAUCACCAACUAAAAAUGAGGUAAAUCUAACUUCAAUGUUAUGGUAUUAAAAUGCAAAUGAUGAGAAAAAAAAUUAAGUAUAGUAUUUGAGCUUUGCAAUGCAAGAAAUGUCUUUUAAGAUGUGAAUUCAUUAUGCAAUUAUAACUUGCAGUAUUGGGUACUGACCACUGGUAGUUUAGGCUGUACUGUAAUAAGCCUACGUUUGAGUCUUACUGCAGGAUGCUGUUCAUUUUCUCUUUUACAGGAAAUCUAAUGUCUCAGUGUGGUUGUUUUGUUUGUUGAGCUAACAUCAAAAUAUCUUAAGUUACUACCUAUUAGUUUUAAAUCCACAUUGAAUAUCUGUCGAGAAAUGGUGUCAUACCUGAGCAAUGAAUUUGUGUUUUUAUAAGAAUUAUGAACUGUUAUCAACUGAUAAAAAAUAAAACAGUUACUUGA